AUGCACUUUCGCCAGGUCUCAUUAGGCCUCACUUGCGCCACUCUGGCGGCUGCCCUGCCUGGCAACUCGCUGAGACGCAACGAGCCCUCAUGUCGUUUUGCCCAGCAGUACACCGAGAAAGAAGUCCUGAAAGAUCCCUCCAACUUCAUUCAGGAUAUGCUGUACUGGGAGGGCAAAUUCCACCAAAACAAUGUCUCGUAUAAUUCAGAAAAUGGCAUGUCUUACGAUGGAACCAACAUUGACUGGGAAACCGGAGAGCGAACAGUCAAACAUCCUUUCAGUGCCGCGAGCAAAGAGUCCCUGCAAGUUAUGCUCUACGCCCACGCGAUCUCGGGAUCACCAGACGCAGCUCGGGUGAUUUCUCCCAACAAUCCGUCAGCCGCUCCCGAGAUCGUAGCGUCAAUCAUGGACCUCAAGUUGCAAACAUAUUUGAGAUUCAAUGAGACCUAUCCCGGGUUCGGUGGUUUCCUGCCAUGGUUCACCUCCAGUUCACAGGAUAUCACACCAACGUGGGACUGGAACAACCGCGUUCCAGGCUUGGAUAAUGGUGAGCUGCUUUGGGCUGUAUAUGCCUUCAUUCAGGCCGCCGAGAACACGUCCAACAAGUCGUAUCAUAAUCUUGCCAGGAAAUGGCAAUCCUGGAUGGAUUACACCAAGACCACUAUUACUCAGAUCUUCUAUCGGGGCUCAGGUAAACUCUGCGCUGUUGUGGACAUCGCAAACCAGACUUUGUCAGUCAAUCAUCCCGAUCAGAAGUAUGCUUGCGAAGGGUCCAGUUAUCUUGAUGACCCCUACGAGGGAGAGCUCUUUACAUGGUGGCUCCAGUUCUUUGGAGGUCUGCCCGAUGCCGAGAUUGAAGAUCUUUGGACGUUCAAGAGAGCAAAGUUGCAGAGUAUCGACUACCACAUGGGCAAAUAUGGCCCGAUCACUGUUCAGAAAGGUAAGGAUGUUCUUCGACGCAAAGUGGGAAGUACGACGCUAAUAUCGCUUCAUGAAGGAUACUGGUUUUCCAGCCACGAGACCUGGAAAGUCAUGGAAAUGCCAUAUUACGAUAUUGACAUUAUUCGUCGCGUCUUCAAGAACGCAGAGCGAGUUCGCACUUGCAACUCUGUCACCACUCAUGUUCCUGGCAUGUUUGCGUCUGUCAACAAUGUCACAGAUCCGUCCACUGGUGAUGUCGUCGGCUAUAUUUCGAACGCUGGUAUUCCGUCCAUUGCAAACCAGACUGUUCAGGAGCUUGAUGUGAUCACUCCUUACAGUGUCUUCCCUACAGUGCUCUUUGAUAAGGCCGUCGGCAUGGCCUGGUGGAGAAAUAUGGCUAUUGCCAAGAAAAUGCAAAACAUUUACGGCAGCACCGAGUCAACUCGCCGUGACGGAGCCGGCGUCUCUGCCUUGCUCACCUGGGAUAGCAAAGUCACUACAGUGAAUUCGAUUCUUGGCGGAGUCUCAGGCUUUGUUCGGCAGAAGAUGAAGUCUGACAAAAUUUACUCGACAUUUGUGAACCGAAUCGAGAUGGAAUAUUCGCGUGUUUUCCAACAAUUAAAGGGAGAACACGUUGACUUUUGUCUACCAAAGGAAACCGUUCCGGAUGCCGGACUCACUGACUUUGGAACCUGCAAGUGA